GAGUCCCCGGAUCACUAGGGCGUAUGUCUCCAGUUGUGAAAAAGAGAGAGAGAGAGAGGCGAUCGUCGCAGGACCUCUAUGUCGAUCGAAUGCUUGUUCUUCUCCCAUUGCGGCGUUUCAAUUCUGUGAGUUCAGGUAGCGCGAGAGGGUUGACCAGAAUUGUGCAAGGUAACGGGUGGAUUUCGAAGAUUUCUUGCAAGUCCACUUUGAGGAGGAAAUACAUCAAGCUUAUGUACUCUCUGUCGUUACUAUAUGCGUUUGUUUAUAAGCUGCUGAUUUCUGGUUGAGGAUUUAGAGUCAUGGCAUUGGUCACGAGUUUGGUCUCGCCAGUUGUACGAACAUUACCGAAUUCAGAUACUCUUUCGUCAACUUCGGGUUUCUCAACUUCUUUGCGUUCUACGAAAUCUCUCACAUUGUGUCGUGCCGGAGUUGAUUGGUGCGGUUCCGUUGAUUUGAGGCCUGGUUGGAGGAGACGGCAAACCUUGAAUCGAAGGACAGUAAAGAAGUUUACGGCAAGGCCCAAUCAUAGCUGGAGGACAGUGUGUGCUGCAGUCUUAGAAAAUGCCUCUGGAACAACUACGUUCAGUAAAGAGAAUGCUAAAUAUGAGGUUGUGAAUCUUGAAGAUAUUUUGGCCGAACGCGAUGCUUGUGGAGUUGGAUUCAUCGCCAGUUUGAAGAAUGAGGCUUCGCAUAAAAUUGUGAAGGAUGCACUCAAGUCUCUAGGAUGCAUGGAACACCGCGGAGGCUGCCUUGCUGACAACGAUUCUGGUGAUGGAGCGGGCAUAAUGACUAGAAUUCCAUGGGAACUAUUUGAUCAGUGGUUUAAAGAGCAAGGGCUCCCUCUUCCUGAUAAAGCUAAGACGGCCGUGGGCAUGGUAUUCUUGCCUACGGACUCCGAUUCGAGAGCAGCAGCUAAAGCAGUUGUAGAGGGGAUUUUAGAGAAGGAGGGCAUUGAGGUGCUUGGAUGGCGGCAGGUGCCAGUAGAUGUGUCAGUACUUGGACCUAUCGCCAAGAAAACCUUACCAUUAGUGGAACAGGUCUUUGUGAAAGUGUCUAUGGAACAAGCAGGGGAUGAUAUCGAAAGAGAACUGUUUAUUACUCGUAAGUUAAUAGAGAAAGCCAAGGAGAAGGAGCCUUGGAGUGAAGACCUCUACUUCUGUUCUUUCUCCAGCCGAACAAUCGUAUACAAGGGAAUGAUGCGAUCAACCGUGUUAGGCACAUUUUAUAGUGACUUUCACAACGAUUCAUAUGUAACCCCGUUCGCUAUCUAUCACAGACGCUUCAGCACGAACACCAGCCCAAGAUGGCCACUUGCUCAACCCAUGCGUUUUUUGGGUCAUAAUGGGGAAAUUAACACGAUACAGGGUAACCUUAACUGGAUGCGAUCUAGGGAGGCAUCUAUGACAUCCCCUGUUUGGAGAGGACGGGAGGAGGACAUUAGACCAUUUGGCAAUGCUAAGGCCUCUGAUUCGGCUAAUCUAGACAUGGUUGCCGAGUUAUUAAUGAGAAGUGGUCGUAGUCCUGAGGAGACCUUGAUGAUGUUGAUACCAGAAGCCUACAUGAAUCAUCCCACGCUACAGAUCAAGUAUCCUGAGGCUGUUGGCUUCUAUGAGUAUUACAAGGGCCAAAUGGAGCCUUGGGAUGGACCUGCCCUGGUUGUUUUCAGCAACGGGAGGACAGUAGGAGCGUGUCUGGAUCGGAAUGGACUUCGUCCUGCUCGAUUUUGGCGAACAAAAGACGAUAUUAUAUAUGUGGCUUCUGAGGUUGGAGUAAUGGAUAUUGAUGAUUCUGAAAUAGUAUUGAAAGGUCGCUUGGGACCAGGGAUGAUGAUUUCGGCGAACCUAGAGACAGGCGAGCUUUAUGAGAAUACUGAAGUGAAGAGGCGAGUUGCAAAUGCAAAACCCUACAGUAAAUGGUUUGCAGAAGGGAGCAGAGCCUUAGAAGCAUCAGAGUAUUUAUCUCCGUCUUCAUUGACCAUCGAGGCCCUGUUCAAGCAACAGCAAUGCUUUGGUUACUCCAGCGAGGAUGUGCAAAUGGUCAUAGAGAACAUGGCGUCGCAGGGGAAGGAACCUACCUUCAGCAUGGGUGAUGAUACUCCGAUGCCUGUUCUCUCUCAAAAGUCGCAUUGGUUGUAUGACUACUUCAAGCAACGGUUUGCUCAGGUCACAAAUCCUGCCAUCGAUCCAUUGCGAGAGGGCCUUGUCAUGUCGCUAGAGAUCGCUGUCGGAAAGAAAGAGAACCUGCUUGAAGUUGGCCCACAGAAUGCAGCCCAGGUGACCCUUUUGAGUCCAGUGCUCAACGAAAAAGAGCUAGAACUUUUGAAGAUGGACAACGUGCUUAAAGCCAAGACGUUGCGUACUUAUUUCAAUAUUAGUAAAGGGAUACCUGGAGCGCUUCAAAGCGCGUUAGACAGCUUAUGCCGAGCUGCAGAUGAUGCUGUGCGUGCAGGCUCUCAGCUCAUUAUUCUGAGUGACCGCAAUAAUCAUUUAGAUCCAGAAAAGCCCGCAAUUCCUCCACUUCUGGCAGUUGGGGCAGUGCAUCACCACCUCAUCUCUAAUGGAUUGAGAAUGUCAGCCAGCAUCAUUGUUGACACUGCACAGUGCUUCAGUACACAUCACUUUGCUUGUCUCAUUGGCUAUGGUGCCAGUGGUAUUUGUCCUUAUUUAGCACUAGAGACCUGUCGACAGUGGCGCGGGAGUACUAAAACAAUAGCAUUGAUGAAGAAUGGGAAAAUCCCAACAUCUUCUGUUGAGCAAGUUCAAGCAAACUACGUCAAGGCUGCAAAGGUGGGCCUUUUGAAGAUCCUCUCCAAAAUGGGCAUAUCUCUGAUGACGAGCUACCACGGUGCUCAAAUUUUUGAAAUUUAUGGGUUGGGCCGAGAAGUUGUGGACCUUGCUUUUCGUGGGAGUGUAUCUCGUAUAGGUGGCUUAACGCUUGAUGAGGUGGCGUGGGAAACUGUAUCAUUUUGGUCGAAAGGUUUUGGUGAAGACUCAGCAAGAAAGCUGGAAAACUAUGGCUUUAUACAGUCGAGACCAGGUGGUGAAUAUCACGGCAACAAUCCAGAGAUGUCAAAGCUGCUUCACAAGGCAGUUAGGGAGGGAAACAGGGAUGCGUAUGCUGUAUAUCUAGAGUAUCUUGCUAGUCGACCUGUCAAUGUUCUUCGUGACAUGCUGGAGUUUAAGUCAGACAGGAAACCCAUUCCCGUCGAGGAUGUGGAAUCAGCCUCGAAUAUUGUAUCCCGGUUCUGCACAGGAGGGAUGUCCUUGGGAGCCAUUUCUAGAGAAACUCAUGAAGUUAUUGCGGUAGCCAUGAACAGAAUAGGCGGGAAAUCUAAUUCAGGAGAAGGGGGUGAGGAUCCCGUGAGAUGGAAGCAUCUGGAGGAUGUCGUUGAUGGUUUGUCGCCCUUGCUUCCUCAUCUGAGGGGAUUGAAGAACGGAGAUCACGCAUCGAGUGCCAUCAAGCAGGUUGCUUCGGGGCGGUUUGGUGUGACACCUACAUUUCUGGCCAAUGCAGACCAAUUGGAAAUAAAGAUAGCUCAGGGUGCUAAACCCGGAGAAGGUGGACAGCUUCCUGGAAAAAAAGUUAGUCCAUAUAUUGCUACUUUGCGUAAUUCAAAAGCUGGUGUCCCAUUGAUCUCUCCACCUCCACAUCAUGAUAUAUACUCCAUUGAAGAUCUUGCCCAACUAAUUUACGAUCUUCACCAGGUUAAUCCCAAAGCCAAAGUCUCGGUGAAGCUUGUAGCAGAAGUUGGAAUCGGUACAGUUGCUUGUGGAGUUGCUAAAGCUAACGCAGAUAUAAUACAGAUUUCAGGAUAUGAUGGAGGAACUGGGGCUAGCCCCAUUAGCUCGAUCAAGCACGCUGGGGGUCCUUGGGAGCUUGGUUUAACAGAAACACAUCAGGAUCUCCUCAAGAAUGGUCUUAGGGAAAGAGUAAUGCUCAGAGUAGACGGAGGCUUCAAGAGUGGAGUCGAUGUGAUGAUGGGAGCAGCCAUGGGUGCUGAUGAAUAUGGCUUCGGUACUGUUGCUAUGAUUGCCACAGGUUGCAUUAUGGCACGUAUUUGCCAUACCAAUAAUUGCCCUGUUGGAGUUGCAAGUCAGAGAGAGGAGUUGCGCGCUCGGUUUCCUGGUGUUCCCGGAGAUCUUGUGAAUUACUUUUUAUAUGUCGCUGAAGAGGUGCGAGGUAUGUUGGCUAAUCUAGGGUAUCAGAAGCUCGAUGAUAUUAUUGGACGAACUGACCUGCUUCGGCCAAGAAACGUCAAACUCCGAAAGACAAACCCCUUGGAUCUCAGUUUCCUUUUGAAGAGUGUUGGAUUACCCAAGUGGAGCAGUACACAGAUUCGUGGGCAGGAGGUUCAUUCCAAUGGUGUCAUUUUAGAUGACAUUCUUCUAUCUGAUCCAGAGAUUGCAGAGGCUAUUGAGAAGGCGAAAACAUUUGAGAAGACUAUUAAAAUAUUCAAUGUUGAUCGCUCUGUGUGUGGACGUUUAGCUGGUGUAAUUUCUAAAAAGUAUGGGGAUAAUGGAUUCCCAGGGCGGCUCAAUCUAACGUUUGUUGGAAGUGCGGGACAGUCAUUUGGUUGUUUUUUGACUCCAGGAAUAAACUUGCGUCUAAUUGGAGAAGCAAAUGAUGGUGUUGCCAAGGGAAUGGCAGGAGGAGAGGUUGUUGUGGUUCCAUAUGAUAACUGUGGGUACGUGCCAGAGGAGGCAACUAUAGUAGGCAAUACUUGUCUGUAUGGUGCUACAGGAGGCCAGCUAUUUGUGAGGGGUAAAGCAGGCGAGAGAUUUGCUGUGCGGAACUCUAUGGCAGAAGCAGUAAUUGAAGGGACUGGCGACCAUUGCUGCGAAUACAUGACCGGUGGUUGUGUAGUGUCCCUUGGCAAGGUUGGUCGCAACGUAGCCGCCGGAAUGACUGGUGGCUUAGCUUAUUUCCUGGACGAAGAUGAUACUUUCACGCCCCAGGUGAACAGGGAGAUAGUGAAAAUGCAACGCGUCACAACUCCUGCUGGGCAAGCACAACUUAGGCUGCUCAUCCAGUCCCAUACAGAGAAGACAGGGAGUGCCAAGGGGAAGUAUGUCCUGGAGAAUUGGGACAAGGUUAUCCCACAGUUUUGGCAACUUGUGCCUCCAAGUGAGGAUUCAACUCCCGAGGCGAAGGCUGGAUCUGAUGAUAAACAAAUCGAUCGACUUGUUGCACAUGCUGCUUGAGUUCAACAUCAAUUGAAGCCCCACAUGCAGUAGCUACCUACCUGUGCCAGAAGCCCUACUAGCAGCAACUCUCAUAACCUUCACUUGCUGCAGUACCUCCUGCAUUCAGUCCUGUGAGUUCCUUCGAAAUAUCAACCUGCAAACCAAGUGGGUGUAUGCCGGAUAUGAAACGCAUUAUGGGGAAGCGGCAACAUGGUGAAGCUUAACUAUUUCUGACCUCCACUUCGUAAUUUCUGUAUUCUUCCUAGGCGAGUGGACGUAAUUGUCUCCAUUGGAUUGAGGUUCUUACCUCAACUGAAAAUUGGCGGACAGAACUGAGUUUUUCCAGUUCAUCGGAUCAUUCCAGAUAUAUUUGCCAAGAUUUCGUAGUGUAAUAAGAUUGUUUUCUGACAGAUAUUGCUCAGAAACAUGUAGUCCUGUGGGCCAAUGACUAUCAUUUGAAAUUGUUUCAGAUUGAAAAUAACACUCGAAUCUGUAGAAGUUACAUCAGUUCGUUUCUAUUCGCUAGAUUCCACAUUGAAUGAAGGAUAUCUGCUGUCGUUGUCUGCUCGCCAUUGCCACUGGUGAUGGCUAAAUGAGUAUAUUACGAUGAGACGUGUUUCUUUUUACGGUUUCCUACCAAAGAAAAUGUGCCCUAUGGAAUUGUUCCCAGCCUGUUAUAUUAAUGAGAGAUUUUACUCUUAUUUUU